AUGGCAGAGUCGUGUGAAAAUAGCGCUAAAGUACAGCUUAUAAAACAGGGAGCCGAAGGUAAAUUAUACAUCGGCACCUACAGAGGCACACGCUGUUUGGUGAAGGAACGCUUCGAAAAGAAAUAUCGCCAUCCGGCGCUCGAUCGUCAGCUCACCCGGCAGCGCAUUAAGGCAGAACAAAAGGCCUUCCAACGAUGUGCCACAGCCGGUCUACUAACACCAGCUCUUUACGGUGCCGAUCUAGAGGAACGAAAAAUCUACAUGGAAUAUCUCGAAAAGAGCAGAACGGCUAAGGAUUUCAUCGAUGAACUAACAGCCUCUUCGCCUGAUGCGAUGGAUUCACCACAGCUACGGAAGUUGGCUGAAAAGAUUGGCUACGUGGUUGGUGUGCUGCAUCGUAACAAUCUAGUGCACGGUGACCUGACCACCUCAAACCUGCUGCUGGAUCCAGUGGAGAAAGAUGCGGAAGAUCUUCUGUUUCCGUAUCGAUUGGUAACGAUCGAUUUUGGUUUAUCCCAUUUUAGUGAUAACAACGAAAACAAGGGUGUCGAUUUGUACGUGCUCGAGCGGGCCAUUCUAAGCGCCCAUAGUCAACUGCCGGGUCUGUUCGCGAUAAUACUGAAAGCUUACCGUGUGCACAAUACAAACAAUUGUCAGGAAACGAUUGCAAAGUAUGAGGAGGUACGUGCCCGUGGCCGCAAAAGAACGAUGGUGGGCUAA